AUGGUCUUGUCCGCUGGCUGGCACGCUGAUGGCUUCAUGGUGAAGUCCCUCUGCUGUGAAACUGAUAGGAUAAUGAUCCCCCAGCCCACUCGUAUCCGCCACCUUCCAGUCUGUAACAUCGACCCCCCGACUGAAGGUUACGUCAAUCCAAGGUUUAUCGACACUAUCACUGAGAAUGGGAUGGACAAUACUCUCUAA